GUUCCUCGUUGGUCAAAGCAACAUGGUGUCACCCUGUAGGCAAUGUGAGUGUAAACAAGCGCCUCACCCCUCAAACCAAAGGUCCCGUGUUUCUGUGUGAGCCGCUGCUGUCUCCUGGGUUUCAUGGCUCUGCGGCUUUUUGGACGUUGCCUCAGAGACGCCGCCAUCUUGUCCAGGCCGCUCGUCGUCUCUGGUCCACAGGAGUCUGCGUCAUGGCUCCUCACUGCAGGAAAUGCUGCCUGCAGCCGAGGAAGGAGGAACGGAUUUAUCUUCACUCCUGCUUGUUUUAUUACAUCAGAGGCAUUUCUCAACAGACUGAUGAAAGGCAAAGCAGCAGAGGCAGACGGCAACAUUUAUCGCCUUCCAGCCUCAGUUCCGCCAGAUAGCGGUGAACAGUUAUCAUUGUUACUGAGACAUCCAGAUCAGCCUGAUAACGCCAAGGUUUUGAAAGUGGCUAUAAUAGGUGCUCCAAAUGCUGGGAAAUCCACGCUGACCAACCAGCUCCUUGGCAAAAAGGUGUUUGCUGUAUCCAAGAAAGUACACACCACCCGCUCACGAGCACUCGGUGUCCUAACAAAGAAUGAUACACAAAUAAUUUUACUGGACACUCCUGGUCUCACCACCCCAUCAAAGGUCAAAAGACACCAGCUGGAGAAGUCUUUGCUUGUAGAUCCUUGGAGCACCGUUAAAGAAGCCGACCUAAUGGUAAUCAUGGUGGAUGUGGCAGACAGAUGGAUGUGCAGCAGGCUUGAUUUCGAGGUGCUGAAAUGUCUGGCCGAGCACCCGCAUAUCCCAGCAAUCCUCGUCCUCAAUAAGGUGGACCUGGUGAAGGCUAAGGACAGGAUGCUGGACAUCACAGCACAGCUGACAUGUGGAGUGGUGAACGGACAUAGAAUGCGGGUCAGGCCAGUAAUCAAGCCUCCGUGGGCUGAAAAGAGGCCAGAGAAGGAUUCAGAGUUAUCGCUUGAUGAAGACAACACAAUACACGAGGACAGCAACAAGCCAAACUCUACACUGAGCAAAGAGCAGCUGAAUGUGCUGAGGAGCCAGCAGGGCUGGCCUCACUUCAAAGACGUCUUCAUGCUGUCCUCUGUGGAUAGAGAGGACGUGGAGACGCUGAAGAGCUACUUUAUGGUUGCAGCUAAACCAGGAUCGUGGCAGUACCACAGUGAAGUCCUGACUGAUCAGAGUCCUGAAGACAUCUGCACCAACACCAUCCGAGAGAAGCUUCUGGAGUAUCUGCCCCAGGAAGUGCCCUAUUCAAUAACGCAGUCUAUUGAACUCUGGCAAGAUAGAGAAGAUGAUCAGCUUGAUAUUUCUGUGAAACUUUACACCAAGAAAGAAACUCACAUGAAGAUGGUGAUCGGCACAGGCGGCCAGAUGGUGGCACGAAUUGCCCAAGAGACGAGUGAAGACCUGAGUAAAGUCUACCUGAGGGAAGUAAAGCUGAAGCUCUCAGUCAAGCUGAGAAAGUGAAGAGGAUGGAAGGACUUUUAUAGGGACAUUCUGAAGAAGUGGAAACAGAUCCUGCUGGAUUUGAGAUGUAUUUUUACUGUGCAAAGGACAGACCUUGAGUUGACUGAGGGAUAAGAUGUCAUCAUGAGUGUAACGUGGAGCUGUCAGGUGGCACCUUCAACAAACACAGAACUCUCACUGACCUGUUAUAUCUGCAGAAUAGAACUUGUAGUUUGUGUUGUGACUUUUGCAUCAUCUGUCUUUAUGCAUCAGCAGCAUCCUUUCAUACAGUCACAGGAAACAUUAUUAAAGAUUUAUGUAGAGCUGUUACCUAGGAGAUGCUCCUCUGAUAGUGGUGGACAAACAUGCUUCAACUUCAUGGAGAAGUCUAAAUGUUGAUUUAACAGCUCACACAAGUUACAGAAUAAACUUAAUGAAUUAUUGGCUCUUA